GGUGGGACGGGGCAGCGGGGGCUGACUUGGGGCUGCGGCUGCGGCUUGCGGCUUCUUUCCACCCCUGGCCGCCGUGCUACAGAGCAGGCAGGAGCGGCUGCCCCUGCAGGCUGCCCCGUCCUCCUGCUUGCCCUCCCCCCUGCCCGCCUUCCCCGCCCCGCCCGCCUCUGCUGUGAGGCGACCGCCAGCUAGGCUUUGGCCAGGGGCUGGGGGAGCCUCCAGGCCCGGGACUGUCCCAGGCGGCUGCUGCUUUGCGCGCCGCGGAAGAAGAGUCCAGUCAGGCUGCCGCACCACGCGCCCCGUGCACGGACUCCAGACAACACAAAUCUGAAAAAACACACUUGGCCUGGGGUUCCCACUCUGAUGAUGGACACCCAGUUCUCUGAGUUCACACCAGACAUCACUCCCAUCAUGUUGGCAGCCCACACCAACAACUACGAAAUCAUCAAAUUACUUGUCCAAAAGCGGGUCACUAUCCCAAGACCCCACCAGAUCCGCUGCAACUGUGUGGAGUGUGUAUCCAGUUCAGAGGUAGACAGUCUGCGUCAUUCAAGGUCUCGACUGAAUAUAUAUAAGGCUCUGGCAAGCCCCUCGCUCAUUGCCUUAUCAAGCGAGGACCCCAUCCUCACAGCCUUCCGGCUGGGCUGGGAACUCAAGGAGCUGAGCAAGGUAGAAAAUGAGUUCAAGGCUGAGUAUGAAGAGCUCUCCCAACAAUGUAAGCUCUUUGCCAAGGACCUGCUGGACCAAGCUCGGAGCUCCCGAGAACUGGAGAUCAUCCUCAACCAUCGAGAUGACCACAGUGAAGAACUUGACCCACAGAAGUACCAUGACCUGGCUAAGCUGAAGGUGGCAAUCAAAUAUCACCAGAAAGAGUUUGUCGCUCAGCCAAACUGUCAACAAUUGCUGGCCACCUUGUGGUAUGAUGGCUUCCCAGGAUGGCGGAGAAAACACUGGGUAGUCAAGCUUCUGACCUGCAUGACCAUUGGAUUCCUGUUUCCUAUGCUGUCCAUAGCCUAUCUGAUCUCACCCAGAAGCAACCUUGGGCUUUUCAUCAAGAAACCCUUUAUCAAGUUCAUCUGCCACACAGCAUCCUAUCUGACCUUCCUCUUCAUGCUUCUUCUGGCUUCUCAGCAUAUUGUCAGAACAGACCUCCAUGUUCAAGGACCUCCCCCAACUGUUGUGGAAUGGAUGAUACUGCCUUGGGUUCUAGGUUUCAUUUGGGGGGAGAUAAAGGAAAUGUGGGAUGGUGGAUUCACAGAAUACAUCCAUGAUUGGUGGAACCUGAUGGAUUUUGCAAUGAACUCCCUCUACCUGGCAACUAUUUCCUUGAAGAUCGUGGCCUAUGUCAAGUAUAAUGGUUCUCGUCCAAGGGAAGAAUGGGAAAUGUGGCACCCGACUCUGAUUGCAGAAGCACUCUUCGCAAUAUCCAACAUUUUAAGUUCCUUGCGUCUCAUAUCCUUGUUCACAGCCAACUCCCAUUUAGGGCCUCUGCAGAUCUCUUUGGGACGCAUGCUGCUUGAUAUACUCAAAUUUCUCUUUAUCUACUGCCUAGUACUACUGGCUUUUGCCAAUGGACUGAACCAGCUUUAUUUUUACUAUGAGACCAAAGCUAUUGAUGAACCUAACAACUGCAAGGGGAUCCGGUGUGAAAAACAGAACAACGCCUUCUCCACGCUCUUUGAAACCCUUCAGUCACUCUUCUGGUCUGUCUUUGGCCUCUUAAAUCUCUAUGUUACCAAUGUGAAGGCCCGACAUGAGUUCACCGAGUUUGUGGGAGCGACCAUGUUUGGGACAUACAACGUCAUCUCCCUGGUAGUGCUGCUGAACAUGCUCAUCGCCAUGAUGAACAACUCCUACCAGCUCAUUGCCGAUCACGCUGAUAUUGAGUGGAAGUUUGCGAGAACGAAGCUCUGGAUGAGUUACUUUGAUGAAGGUGGCACCUUACCACCUCCUUUCAACAUUAUCCCCAGCCCCAAAUCAUUUCUCUACCUUGGCAACUGGUUCAACAACACCUUCUGUCCCAAAAGAGACCCUGAUGGAAGACGAAGGAGGCACAACUUGAGAAGCUUCACAGAACGUCAUGCUGACAGCCUGAUACAAAAUCAACAUUAUCAGGAAGUUAUCAGAAAUUUAGUCAAGAGAUACGUGGCUGCAAUGAUAAGAAACUCGAAAACAAAUGAAGGGCUAACAGAAGAGAAUUUUAAGGAAUUAAAGCAGGACAUUUCCAGCUUUCGAUAUGAAGUGCUUGACCUCUUGGGAAACAGAAAACAUCCACGAAGAAGCUUUUCCAGCAGCAGCGCUGAAUUCUCUCAAAGGGAUGAUACCAAUGAUGGCAGUGGUGGGGCGCGGGCCAAAUCUAAGAGUGUCUCUUUCAAUUUAGGGUGCAAGAAAAAGGCCUGCCAUGGAGCACCUCUUAUCAGAACCAUGCCAAGAGCUAGUGGCGCCCAAGGAAAGCCAAAAGCUGAGUCGUCAAGCAAACGGUCCUUCAUGGGUCCCUCUUUCAAGAAACUGGGUCUCUUCUUCUCCAAGUUUAACGGUCAGACAUCUGAACCUACUUCGGAGCCAAUGUACACAAUCUCUGAUGGCAUCGCACAGCAGCAUUAUAUGUGGCAGGACAUCAGAUAUUCUCAGAUGGAGAAAGGGAAGGCAGAGGCCUGUUCUCAAAGUGAGAUGAACCUCAGUGAGGUAGAGUUAGGUGAAAUCCGGGGUGCUGCUGCUCGAAGCAGUGAAUGCCCCCUAGCCUGUACCAGCUCUCUUCACUGUGCAUCCGGCAUCUGCUCCUCAAAUUCGAAACUUUUAGACUCGUCAGAGGAUGUAUUUGAAACUUGGGGAGAGGCUUGUGACUUGCUCAUGCACAAAUGGGGUGACGGACAGGAAGAGCAAGUUACAACUCGGCUCUAAGUCAAAUCCCAGUCCCCAGUCGUCUAUUCUGGAAUUCAAGAGAAUAUUUGUAAUUUCCUUGUUCUCAGAGGUGACCCCAAAUAUGGCUCUCUCCCUGUCCCCCCUCCAAGAAGCGAAACUCCUAUUACUUUCAGGCUUUUCUAGCCACAUUCUUCAUGGUUUGUUUCAUUGUUAUUAUCAUUUGCCUUUUUAUAUCUAUAAAUACUUAAUCCAUCUCAAAAGCAACUGAAGGGGUGCUGCCCCUAAUGAGCAGAGUUGCAGUCGGUCGGGUGCUUAACCCCUUUGCUUUGCUUUACUCACCCUUGCCUCCUUGAAGCUCCAGGUGCCACUUUGCUACCAUAGCUGCCGCAUAGAUUCCUGACAUGCGUCAGGAUCUCACACCCAUUUCCCCACAGAGCUGAGGGACAUGGUCAGCAGUCCCUACCAGCUAUCAGAUAAGGCAAAUCAACCUGCCUGUCUUCGUUGCUCUUCAGUGCUACACGCUGCCCAUGCUGGUCCGAUGAACAGCAUUAAGGGAGACUAGACUCCAAAGAAUUGUCAGCUUGUGGUUUCUAGGUAGAACUGGCCUUUCUGUUCCAUUUUUUAACACUACACCUUCUAAUUGUGGGAACUGUUGAGGUUUUGUUUCGUAAAUGUAUGUUAGUUUCUUAACGUGUGGCAAUGAGAUAUUUACUGUACAGUGUGGACCACAUCUAAUAACUUAGCUAAUUUCCUGUGUUUGUAUAUUUCAGUUAACUUACCAUACCUUAAAAUUUGAGAGUAUCAAAAUUAGUAUUUAGGAUGUGUACUUUUUUCAAAAAAAUCAAACAAACAAACAGCCUUUUACUGUACUUUAACUAAUAGUUACUACAUCUCAUACAUUGGCAAGAAAAAGAAUUAGCUGGUAUAUUUAUAGGGUUCUAUCUACUGUGGAUAGUUUUAAUCAUCAUUGAUAUAAAAGCAUUUCUAAGAUUAAAGACUGGAUUUGAAAUAUUUUUUAUCAGAAAAAUGACAUUUUACUGAGGUGUUACAAUGUGGGGAAAAUGCACCUUAAUUUAAUUAAUUGCUUUCUGGGAAGAUAACCCAACAGAUGCAAAUGUAGGUUCAGAUAACCGAAUUCAGGUUGCAGCAGCAGUACCUACUGGGGGACAGUGGAAACCGCACAUGUGAACUCUUGGAUAUAUAACAUACUAAUCCCAGUGGAUCUGUAGAACUGCACUUGUGGUCUAAGUUCUGCCUUCCAAGAAAGCUGCAUUUAUACAUUCAAAUUCUUUCCCAUAGGCAAGGAGAACUUAAUCAAAAUAAAUUAGUUAAAAAAUGAAGCUAGUGUGCAUACGGUAAUCAUCUUAGAAUUGAGAACCACCAAACAGCUGAGCAAACAUGGGUUUACCACCAUAUGCUUGGCUUGUAGAGAUUAGCAAUGUCUAAGGCAGAAAAGUUAAAAAAAAAAAAAAGAUUGUUGAGCACCACUCGGUUAUUUUAAAGGUCACUUCCUCCAAGGACUCCUUCACAUUCUUAUGAUGUCUGCUGGAAGUGAAGUGAGGAACUAAACAAUGUAAAUGUGUCUGGAAGCUUGCUUUUGACAGUAUAGUUUAUGUCAAACUGAUUUUCCAUCUUUAUCCCUAGCAUUGGUGAAUGACGGGUAAAGUGUUUCAUGUGGAGAGGAGUCAAAUUAGGGGCCAGGGAGGCAGGAAGUGCUGCUGGAUACAACUCAGAUACUCAGAAAAAGGAAUUACGAGAGUAAGAUCCAUCAGCAUCCAUUUGGCUGGCAAGGGUUUGUUCCAAAAUAAUCUGUCUUAUCUGAAGUGCUCUUUUAUUCAAAUCCAACUGCUGCCCUACUUUACUAAGAGCCACUAUCACAAAUAGCUCUGACACAAAGACAGCUUACUUUCUAAAAGGAAGAAUUCUAAAGCCACAAGUUCAACUUUCCCAACUGUAAAUUUUAUUCUUAAUAAUAAAUGACCCUUCAACCCAGUGAUGGUGGGGCACACCUUUAAUCCCAGUAUUCUGGAGGUGGGUCUCUCCGUUUGAGGCCAGCCUGGUCUAUAGAAUAGAAUGAUUUCCAGGACAGCCAGAGCUACACAGAGAAACACUGUGUAUAGACAAACAAAUGAACAAAUAAAUAAAUGAACCUUGAGAAAUACUGUAUAAAAAAAUAAACGAACCUAAACUACAAUCCUAACUCAUGCCACCAACAAAGGCAACAUAAGACAUAUAGUCAAAACAUUUUCUCACCAAUACACCAACUAUUGAUGAUCUAGGCAUAACUGUCCUAGUGGUGAGAAAACAGGGUAGCCAGCCAUGAAGUCAUGUUCCAAAGCAGUCUUCUUUCAAUUAUGUUCUGAAAGGGGAGGAAGGAUAUAUCACAAGAAGCAAUCUCUGCUACUGAAAGACACCAGCGCCAUAUUUCCUGGGAACACAUUCCAGUCCAGAUCACUUCAGGGUUAUGACCUUUGUGAUAUGGGCUUAGGACGUCACUAUAUUGAGGUCUCAUUUACAAUGAAGGUUGAAACUAAACAGGGAUUGUCCUAAGUAUCAUGUUGGUGAUAGCAACAUAUUAACUUUAAGCUAAUACCAAGUAGGAGAAAGGCAUCUUUCUACCCUGUUAAACAGCUAUGGUUUAAAAACAUUUCAGGGAGAGAGAACGUUAACAGUCAGCCCUGAGUUCUGUUUGCAAUACCAUUUCUUAAAUGGGGCUGGAGAGAUGGCUCAGUGCUUAAAGGCCCUCCGUCUAACAAAGGACCCAGAUUCUAUUCCCAGCACACACAUGGCAGCUCAAUCUGUCUGUAACUCUAGUUCGAGGGCCUCUAACCUUCCUGCUAUCCUACUUGGGAAUUUUGAAUGGUGAGGAAGUGGUAUUAUUACUUUUCCCGGGAUGUGGUAAAGAACUGCUAAAAACCAACAGCCACAAAAGCAUCCUCUGUAGAACUGUUAAAGCAAGAGCUAGCCAAUUUAGCUUUUCUACUUUUGAGGAUAGAAGACACUUAGAUCAGAAAAAGUUAACUGAUCCAAGGAAUAUAUACA